AUGGCGUUGUUUUAUUUCAUCGGGGGGUGCUGUUCGAGUCUGCUGGUGGAGAGAGCCGGUCGACGGCCCCUACUACUCUGGAUGACCUUAAUUAACAUGGUUACCCUCUGCCUAUUCGUGUUGUGCGCCGAAUUACAAGCCAUACUUCCGGCUAUUAAUGCGGCUGUUGGGCCGGUAUCUUGGUUUUUACCUGCGGAAUUGGUCCCGCAGCGCUACCGUAGUUUGAAUCAAUCCUUGUCGUAUGCUGUCAAUACGAUUGCUGCUGCGAUUUUUACAUUCAGUGUGAUGCCGUUGUAUGGAAUUAUUGGUUCAUACGCCUUCCUCGUCCUCUACAUCGGACCCUCAAUAUUUUGCAUCCUGUAUCAAUAUUGGUAUCUACCCGAAACCGCGAACCGCGAAAUUUACGAUAUUGUCGCGGAAUUGCGCGGGAGCUGCAAGGAGAAAUUUUCGAACACUGUCAAUACGCGUGAAAACGGCUCGGUUUCAUCAGAGAUC